ACCCAAUGAAUAUAUAAAUAUAGAAAGCAAAAGGAAAAGGAGAGAGGACACAGAACAUAACAAAAAUAUAAAAAUGGGAUUGAGAAGAACAUCGUUGGUUUUGUACAUUCUCUUCGUCUUUCAUCUUCAGCACAAUUUUCUUUCCGUGAGCUCACGAACUUCCUCGGUUGCGACGAACCAUGACACUCUUCCUUUCAAUGCCUCCAAGCCAGGCGUUGCUGGGCUUCAAGGAAAGACUCGUGAGUUAGCUGUCGUAGGUGGCGGCGGCGGCAGCGGAGGACGUGGUGGCGGCGGUAGCAGCAUGGGAGGAGGAGGCGGCGCUCGAUCACGCGGCGGCGCAGGUAUGAUUUAUCCGGGCGGAUCGCAUUCUCAUCAUUCAAGCGGCAGCAUGAGUCUUCCAGGGGCAGCGUGUGCGGUUGCCUGGUUGGGUUUAUCGAUUUUAGCUGGUUUAUUAUUGGUUUAGUAUUUGUUGAGGUCCGUUUUGGUUUGGUAUGAACUUGAUUUGUGCUGAGGGUAAGUUGUAGGUCUAGAUAAUCUAGAGACUAGAUAUAUGAUUGAUUUAUGUAUGAGGUACAGAAUCUUGAUGUAUUUCGUAUUAGGCUGGUUUUCUCUUUUUAUGUAUUAGUCGCUUUAGUAUCGUGUUUGUCAAGUGUCAAGCGUAUUCAAUUACAAGGACGUAUUUCGUAUUCAGACUCCAGUUGGUGAUAUAACAGGAACAAUAUAUACCUUUUUAUGAGAUUUGUGAAAUCAAAAAUUAAUUCCUCUGUUAU